AUGCCGACCAUCACGGCACCCUGCACCCUAGAUACAUGUCCCCUCGACUGGGCUCUGGUGCGCUACAUGCCCAGUCUCCCGGGAAAUGCUCUAUACCUGGCUCUUUUCCUUAUCAUGCUACUUGUGCAGAUCUAUCAGGGACUGCGCUCCCGCACCUGGUCCUACCUCGCUUGCAUGACUGGCGGGCUCCUUCUUGAAGUCGUCGGCUAUGGCGGACGCCUCAUGCUUCACUCAAAUCCGUUCAAUUUCUCGGCCUUCCUCCAGUACCUCAUCUGUCUUACCAUAGGACCCGCUUUUAUCACCGCAGCGAUCUACCUUUGUUUUGGACGGGUCAUCAUUGUCUACGGCGAAGGCUUCUCCAGGAUUAAAUCUCGAACAUACGCCAUUAUCUUCGUGACCUGCGAUCUUCUAUGUCUCGUUCUGCAGGCCGCAGGUGGAGCCGUGACUGCCACCGCAGGACGGGACCAAGACGGCCUCCGCCAUACCGGGGUCAACAUCAUGAUCACAGGUCUAGCAGCGCAGGUUGCAUCGAUAGGGGCCUUCAUGGCGCUUGCCAUCGAUUACCUGUGGAGACUGCGCCGACACCGACAGUCACAGUCCUGCAUGUUCUCGUCCGGUGGCAGUUGGAAAUGGAGGGGGUUUCUCUGGGGCAUUGGAAUUGCAACUUUCCUCAUCUUCAUCCGAUCGAUCUUUCGUACGGCCGAAUUGAACGGCGGGUUCAGCAGUGACCUUGCCAAUGAUGAGGUUGCGUUCAUGAUCCUCGAGGGCGCGAGCAUGGUCGUCGCCUGUGGCAGUAUGAGUAUAUUCCACCCGGGACUGAGUCUAAAAGGGCAUUGGAAGGACCCCAUGUCCUGUCCGUUGAAGACCCAGCAGGACGAUGGUCUUCCGUUGGCUGAGACAGCCCAGGGGAAUAGAUAUUAA